UGUGCUUUCCCACAGCUCUGAUGGACCCACCCGGGCCCCCACCUGACACAUCUGACCCUGCAUGCAUCCAUAACUCUCCGAUCCAGUGCACGGCUGCCCUCAAACACCAUGAUGAUGAAGACUUCCUCGGCGUUCUCGCUGGUGUGGAUACUCGGCCACCUUUGCGCAGCUCAGACACAGACGAGUCCCGGCGCAGAACCCGAUGUGGGAGAACAAGGGCCGCUGCCUCUGCAAGACAUCUGGGAUGAAUUGAGGGAACUGAGAGACACGGUGGUGGAGCAGAAAGUGGAGCUGAGGUACCUGACGGAGAGAGUAACAGCUGCUGAGAGCGUAGUGGAGGCCUUGGAGAUGGCGAACGCAGCCAUGGAGGCCAGGAUGACGGCUGCUGAGAGCUUGGCAGAGGAACUGCAGACAGUGAAUGACGAUCAAACCGCAGAGCUCGCAGUUGCCCAGGAGAAGCUCAGCACUCUACAGCAAAGACUGACAGCCGAUGAAACCCACCUGGAAGAGCUGGAGCAACAUCAGGAAGGACAAGAUGCUGCACUGCAGGAACUUCAGAAUUUGAAUGAAGUGGGGAAAGUGGCAUUUUCUGCCUCACUUCUGGAAUCGGGUGAAGGGAACACAGGCAGCGAUGUUUUCGUGCCACUCGUCUACAGAAAUGUCUUCACCAACAUUGGAAACCACUCCACACCCAAUCACAGGCUACUUCACUGCAGCAGUAAGAGCGCUGUAUUACUUCAGCUUUACUGGCCAUGUAGCACACACUGAAAGCGGUACAUUGAUGAGACUUGUAAAGAACGAAGAUUUCAUAGUCGCAAGCGGUGACCGUCGUACCACAGCUGAAGAUCCUGAGGACAACGUAGCCAACGGCGUGGUGUUGCAGUUGGAGGUGGGGGAUGUUGUUUCGGUACAACUUAGUGGAGAGAUUUGGGAUGACCAAUACCACAGAACCACAUUUAAUGGCUUCCUGCUCUUUCCUUUGUAAGAUAUUAUAGAAUGCUGCUGGAAUGAGUCUUGAAACCUGGCAAUGAGUCAUCAUUUAUGUUGGUUUUCUUCCCUCUGUUUUCAUUUUAAUGGGUUAUUUUUACAUGUUUGGUCUUUGGUGAGCUUAAGUGACAUUUGCAUUCUGCUGCGAUGUACCUUUUCUAAGCAAAUAUCCAACUCGUGACAUGUGAGGCUGAUCACCAACGGCAAUACAUUUAUUCAGAACAUCAAAAUGUGACAUAAAACAAAGUUUCUGAAAAUAAGAAAUAAAAGCUUUCG